AUGCCAUUGCAAUACGUAGUUAACGACACUAAGAGUGGCUUUGAUCAAUUGAAGAUUCAAGACUCCAAGGAGGUUGCAUCCCUUAAGCCUAAUGAGGUUAAAGUAAAUCUCAAGGCUGCUUCUCUCAAUUUCAGAGACUUAAUUAUCACUAAGGGCAUGUAUCCUCUUCCUUUAGAGCUUCCAGUAGUUCCUGGCUCUGAUGGUGUCGGUGUUAUUGAAAAGGUCGGUGAUGAUGUGGAUGGAUUUAAGCCUGGCGACACUGUGAUCUGCAAUUUCUUCACUGAUUACAUUGACGGAAAACCAACUAAGCAUGCCAUUACUGGUGCCUUGGGUGGUACUUAUGACGGUGCUUUCCGCCAAGUCGGUGUCUUCCCUGCUCACGCCCUGGUUCAUGCACCUAAGAACUUAAACUAUGAAGAGGCAUCCACUUUACCCUGUGCUGCCUUGACCGCAUGGAACGCCUUGUUUGGUUCCCAGGAGAAUCAAUUGAAACCCGGUCAAAAUGUCUUGAUCCAGGGUACUGGUGGUGUUUCCAUCUUUGCCCUCCAAUUCGCCGUGGCUACUGGUGCUCGUGCCACAGUCAUUUCUUCUUCGGAUGAAAAGCUGCAAUUUGCCAAGAAGUUGGGUGCUAGCCACUUGAUCAACUACAAAACGAACCCUGAAUGGGCCAAACCCGCUUUGGAAGCUACCAACAAUGUCGGUUAUCAUCACGUAGUCGAAGUCGGUGGUGAAAAGACAUUAGGUCAAUCUUUGGAAGUCUUGGCUUUAAGCGGAGCCAUCACCUCUAUUGGUUUCGUUGCUCAACAAGGUACCAGCCCUAACCUUACCUCGUUGAUUGGUCAAAUGCUCAACAAGAAUGCCACCAUUCGUGGUAUCUUUGUGGGACCUGUCAACAUGUUUAAAGAUAUGAUUGCUUGUAUUGAGGCCAAUGACAUUCACCCCGUCGUUGACAAGGUAUUUCCCUUCGAACAGCUUAAGGAAGCUUAUAACUACCAAUGGAGUCAACAACACGUCGCGAGGCAAAGACGAUGA